AUGACCUAUUAUUCCCCUUCCCCACCCCCCUUAAUGCUCGUGUCUACCUCUGUACUGUAUACAGACACUAACGAACAAACAGAGGAAGCCACCGAAAAGAUCAAGGAGGCGACCGGGACGGCCGAAUCCAAGGGCCAGGAGCUGAAGGGUGAGGCGCAAGACGUCGCCGGAAAGGGCAAGGGCAAGGCCGAGGAGACCCUGGGUCAGGCGAAGGGUAAGGCCGAGGAAACCUUUGGCGAAGCCAAGGGUAAGACUAAGGAGGCCUAUGGCGAAGCCAAGGGCAAGGCCAAGGAGACCUUCGGCUCAUCGUGA